CACACAUGGUGUGAGUCACUCACAGGGGUUCCGCGGACUCUACCAGUCUGAAAGUUGCCCUCGUUAUUAGGCUACACGCGUGUUUCUCUCCAGCAUUACCUUGAAAUCAUCUUCUGUUUUGUAUACUAGAGGAAGACAGCAAGUUGCCCACUCAGAUUCAUCAAAGAAAGGCACCAUCUAUGAGUUACAAUGAAGAUGAAUCAAAUCGCUGCAAGAAUAUUUGUGUUAAUCUGUCUACUGAUCAUUAUGUGUCAAGCAUCAAUAGAUAAUGACAGGGACUUUAUAAUGUGUGGAACAUGGCGCCAUGGCACAGGAUCCACUAAAUAUCUGAGAUAUGAUUUAAGAACGGGCUGUCGGAACAUCGAGAUUUCAGGAAAUGAGAAUGCACUCUCCAUUCGGGGUGCUAUCACAGCAAAGUGCAAUCCAAAUAAAUCAGUUAAUCUAGAUUUAAACCCCCUUCAAAAUCAAAGUCACUUCUGUGUAUUCUGGGAUCCACUGCACGACCUGUUGAUGGUGGAGGUGAAUGGAAAAAACCAUACUCUAUGUAGCCAAUCUGGUCUACAGGAAGACUGCUGCACUGACCUCUCACCAGAUAAACAGAAACCUGGCGAUCUGUAUGGUAUUGUGAAUGGCAACCUCAGGGGUGAUAUCCUCAACUCCAAAAUCAUGGAAGUAUAUACAUUUCGAGGGGACUCAAUUAACUGCAAGGAAACGUUCUGUGGUGAGGCUUUUGAGGAGCAUUACAGACUAAACAUGAUAGAAAAAAAAGUGAUGAAUUCCCACCCGUUGGGUCCAGUGGAUCUACCUUGUGUUCAGGGAGCUCUCAUGGAGAUGGAAAAAGACUUUAAGGGACACAGUUUCACUCUGCCAGCCCAGCGAAAUAAACAAUCAAACCCGGUGCCCUUAAUAUAUCUUCCCCCUUGCCUGAUGUCAGAAGGAAGAAAAAAAUCCAAAGUGCUUAUAACAUACUACAGGAACAGUACAGUAAAGACAUUAUUUAAGACAAAUUUGUCCAACUCAAAUGUUCUAGAGGACAUAGUUGGAAUCACAGUGGAGAAUGAGAUCAUCAGAGACCUAUCAGAACCUGUCAGAAUUAGGUUCCAUCACUCGCCCUUUCUACCUACGCAGUCUAAAAGUUGUGUUUCAUGGGACACAAAAAGAGACAAUGAUGUGAUGUGGAGGCCAGACGGUUGUGAGACGAAUGACAUCAGUGCAAAAGAGACAGAGUGCAGUUGUAAUCACCUUACAUACUUUGCAAUUCUUGUGCAACUAAAACCGGACGCUGAAGUUCGCCAUCUGGAGGCUUUGACAUUCAUUACAGCUGUGGGAUGUGCCGUGUCUUUAGUUAGCUGCUUGAUUCUCUUCUAUUGGCUCUGUAAAAAGAGAUUAGGAAAGAAAAAUCAGUCCUCGCUAGUGCACCGUGGUCUGGUGGUGGCAGUAUUUCUUCUGUCCUUAUUAUUCAUUUUUACUGGGACACUGGCGAAUGUAGGAAAUUCGGCAGUUUGUCGGAUAACAGGAGCUCUUCUGCAUUAUGCGCUGCUUAGCACACUCUGCUGGAUGGCUAUGGAAGUGUUUCACGCAUUCUUGUUAGUCCACCAGGUGUUCACAUUACCACCUCGCUCAUGGUGGUUUUACUUGGGGGGUUUUGGUCUUCCAGCUCUGCUAGUUUCCAUACUGCUCGGUAUAGGUGAUAUAUAUGGUAAACGAGAAAUUAUGGCAUAUGCUAAUGACACCAAUCCUUACUACAUGUGCUGGAUGUUGAACAAUGACAAGAGCACUGUGGCUCAUUACAUCAUUAAUCUGGGCUUACUGAUCGUUGUGAUGAGCUCUGGUUUGGUCAUGCUUUUAUAUGUUGUGAGAAAAAUACUGAAGAUGCCAGUGCUGAAGAACCGUUAUGGGCUUUUUCUCAGUAUCUGGGGCCUAACCUGUCUGUUCGGAUUAACAUGGGGCCUGAGUUUCCUCAAUUUUGGCCGUUUUUCAGAAGCCAUCCUCUUCCUUUUCUGUAUUAUCAAUUCUUUACAAGGAUUUUUUCUCAUGCUGCGACACUUCAUCAUGAAGCGGAUAGAAAAGUCACCCGAGUCCAGUUCAAGCAGUAGCGGAUUUUCAAAACAGCCCAUGUUACAGACUAAUGAAAAGAGUUAAAAAUCUGAUGAUGCUCAGUGUUUUAUUACUGUUCUGUUUAAAUGUUUAUAUUAGAAAGCAAAGUAAAUUUUAUUAUUAUUAAUAAGGGCAUUGGUAAAACAACAACCUUUUUCUCAUCCUGCUGGUCAGGCUGUUGAGCUCAUAUGACAAUGCACUGAUAAUGAGCAUAAAUGCUUCACCUGUCAUAAGCUGUAUUUCUGUAAAUCAUACUUUCCAUGUGACUUCAUUUUUUUUCCUCAAGCAAGCCUUUGCACUUUAGCUUUAACUACUGUAGAAAACUGCUGUGUUCAUUAAGAAAUGGUAAUAAUAGGAUUUAGUGAGCCACUUUAGUAAUGAAAAAGAAAUUGAUUUUGUGAUCUUAUUAAUAAUGAGCUGUAUUUGGUGAGUCGAUGUGGUGCUGUUGUGUAGGUUUCCUUACUUAGU